GAUGAAGCAUCCCAUAAUAUGUGGAUCUACUGGAACAACUGGGGCGACACAAUGCCAAACAUUUUCGAAAGAGGAAAUGGAUAUUUGGUCAUUUUGUAAAAUUGCAACAUUUCCCAAUUCUGUCUCAAUGGCAGAAAAAUCAAUAGUAGGCAUGUUGACGGGUCUCAGAGCAGAUAGAGGAGCAGCAGGUCUGCAGGGAGGAGCGACUCACAGGACUCAAAGGGUUUCCCCACUUUUCCCCAACACCAACACAGGGCGAGGACAGUAUGUGGACACUGGCUCUUCAGGUGGCUUUCAUUGGUUUAUACCUACAGGUACCAACAUGCUACCCAUCAUGCACUUUGUACAACCUUGUGGCUAAUUGCGCCUACCAGAACCACUACUGGGUUCCUGUUCUGCCUCCCAACAUCACCCACCUCUUCUUGGAGUCUAACUACAUCAGUGAGCUCAACAGCAGCUCACUCAGAAGCUAUGACCAGCUGCAACAAUUAGAUCUUGGAAACCAGAAUGGGCAGCUCGUCAUAAUUAGGAACAACGCUUUCCUCAGGCAGAGCAAACUGACCAGGUUGGUCCUAGGCUCCAAUCGUGGCAUUCAGAUGGAACCGAGGGCUUUUGCAGGACUGUUCAAUUUACAACAUCUCUUUUUGGAUUAUUGCAAUUUGACAGACUCCACACUAGCAGAAAGUUAUCUGGAGCCACUUUUGUCCUUAGAAAAGCUUGAUCUCUUUGGUAAUAAAAUAGUGAGACUCCGGCCAGGAAUGUUCUUUUCAAAACUCACAAAGUUCACACAGCUAAACCUCAAACUGAAUAAGAUUGAAAGCUUAUGUGAAGAGGAUCUUGUUGGUUUCCGGGGGAAAAACUUCACACUCCUGAACUUGCAAUCCAAUCCCCUCAGGUACAGUAGAGAUUUUGACUGGGAAAGAUGCGGGAACCCUUUCAGAGGGAUGACCUUUAAAAUCCUUGACUUAUCCAGCAAUGGGUUCGGCGUGAACAUAUCAAGACAAUUCUUUAAAGCAAUAGAUGGUACUCCGAUUGCUCAUCUUAUAUUCUCUGGCCACAUGGGCAAAGGCUUCUCAUAUGACAACCUUCCCGAUCCAGAUGAAAGCACAUUCGAAGGUCUCAUGAACAGUGCAGUUGAAAUUUUAGAUCUAUCUAGAAGUUUUAUAUUUGCUUUGCAGAAUGCUUUUUUAAGUCCUCUGAAAGAUGCAAUAAUUAUUGACAUUUCCGUUAACAAAAUCAAUCAGAUUAACAGAAAUGCCUUCAAUGGUCUUCAAGGACAUUUGCGAAUGCUCAACCUGUCAUUCAACCUCUUAGGAGAAAUAUAUUCUUACACGUUCACCCAUCUGACAGAUCUCCGGGUUUUGGAUUUGUCUAACAACCACAUUGGUGCAUUGGGAGACAAAGCAUUCAGUGGUCUUCCAAAAUUACGAGCGUUAUAUCUGACUGGAAAUUCACUGCGAAAUCUGGGUAGUCCUGCGCAAUUACCAAACUUGGAAUUUCUUCUUUUAAAGGACAAUAAGUUGAAUUCUCUAUACCAAAUCGAUGGAUUGGGCAAGAACAGUAUCCAUGUGGACAUUUCAGACAACAGAUUGACAAAUUUACAGGAUGUUUAUUGGUUGUUAACUCAAUUCAAUCAUCUCCAAAAUUUAUUUUCUGGUGGCAACAUCAUCAGGUGGUGCAGUCAGAAAGUGACAGUACCUUAUAACAAUAGCUUGCAAGCGCUGGAUCUGCACGGCAGUUCACUAAAUAUGAUUUGGGCACAGGGGCACUGCCUCGACCUGUUUGAUCAACUAGAGAAUCUGCUCGGUCUAAAUUUAAGCCUCAACUCCAUUGCGACUUUCCCACAAGGGAUUUUCCGCGGUCUAGGCUCGAUCAUAGAGAUCGACCUCUCCUCUAAUGCUUUAACCUAUCUGCAGCCGGAUCUCCUUCCAGCCAGCCUGCAAAGACUCGACCUCUCAAACAACUUUUUGGCCUCCCCAGACCCUAUGGCUUUUCGGUCUCUCAGCGUUCUCAGCCUGGCUGACAAUCGCUUCUACUGUGAUUGCAAUCUGGAGAGCCUCCUGACGUGGCUGAACGUGACCGACGUAAUCUUUCUGAGCCCCGUUGAGGAGUACAGAUGUGAGUUUCCAGCAGCCCUCCAAAAUACCCGUCUGCUGGAUUACUUCACGAUAAUCGAACCAUGCGAGGAAGAUGACGAAAAGGCCGUCCAAGAUCUUAAAUUUGCUCUCUUUAUCUUCUCCGCUCUCCUCGUCAUCACUGCCAUCCUCAGCGGGAUCGCUUACGCCCGUCUCCGAGGGCGCAUAUUCAUCAUCUACAAAAAGAUCGUCGGUAGGGUUGUCGAAGGACCAAAACCGCCACCUCCUGUGGACGAAGCGCAGUACGAUGCCUUCUUCUGCUUCAGCAGCAAUGACCAUGGGUGGGUAGAGGCUGCUUUGCUGAAGAAGCUGGAUAAGGAGUUUUCAGAGGAGAACAUCUUCCGCUGUUGUUUCGAGGCCAGAGACUUCCUGCCAGGUGGGGAUCACCUUUCCAACAUCAGAGAUGCCAUCUGGGGCAGCAGGAAGACUGUGUGCGUUGUCUCCAAAGAGUUCCUUAAAGUGCUUUUCUGGUUGGGGGACUGGAGCACUAACCUAGCAUACAUGUUUUUAUUGGGAGGAAAUCGGAGAACCUGGGCCAAACCGACGCAAACACGGGGAGAACAUGUAAACUUUUAUACAGAAAGUCAAACAACAGAUGGUUGGUGCUUGGAGGCGUUCACUCUGGCCCAGGGCCAGAUGCUGGAGGAGCUGACAAACGUCCUGAUUAUGUUGGUGGUAGGGAAGGUGGCUCGCUACCAGCUGAUGAAGUACAACGCAGUCCGAACUUUCGUCCGGAGUAGAGAGUACCUAAUCUGGCCGGAGGACCCUCAGGACCUGGAGUGGUUUUAUGAUCGGCUCGUCUCACAGAUACUCAAAGACACGAAGGUGAAAGCGUUCGCGGAGGACAAACCGGAGCCUGCGCAGCCUGACGUCCAAACUCAGAAUGAGGACAGCAUCCAGCUCGAGAACAUCGGCGCAGUUGCUAUGUGAACUCUGAUUGAAGAAAACCUAUUUUAACCAUGAUAAAAAUGGAUUAUGUAUCCAUAAUCCACCCCGCUGAAGUGUUACUAGUAAACUUGUACUCAGGAUCCUCAGCAGGCUGAGGAAGACGUUCUCGCUUUCUGAUUUUCAAGGAAAAAAGUAAAAUGGGUGCCAACCUUCAGAGGAAGAAAAGGCGAAGACUGCUAAAAAAAAAAAGCCCUUUGUUUUUGAGUUCCACAGAACCAGAUGCAAAACAUGUCCUGUCCACUUUUUUCAUUUUAAUUUCCAUGUACUUUGAUAAAAUGUGGCAUAAAUCAAUUUAUAAUUCCUUUUUUUAUUUUAGUUUCUGUUGUCAUCUUUUUAUUGUCAGCGUUUAAAGCACUCCAUGACCCAAUGACAUGUACAGUAUAACAAAAUGAUUAUUAGAUUAGAUUAGAUUCAACUUUAUUGUCAUUAUGAACUGUACAAGUACAAAGACAGCGAAAUGCAGUUUCUUUUUAUAUUAUGGGAUUUGUUAAGGUUAUUACGUCAAUGGAAUUAAUAAUGUAUGUAAUGUAACGAAGAUUAAGUGUAAUUCAAAUUCAAUUCAAUUCAAAAAAUGUGAUGACAAUGUUUGGUAAGCAUUUGUCAGCCGUUCUCGCUAAUGUUGGUGCAAAUACGGCACUGAUCAUCCCUAAUAGCUUGGAGGAGGAGAAGAUGAAGUUGUUUUUUCUUUUUUUUUUAUUAUUAUUUUUAAAAUGUCUAAAAAUAUACAUUUAUAUGAAUCCAACAUAUUAGCAACAAUACAUUGUCCUAUUCGUAAAAUAAUGUACACAACAUUGAUGAUGCUUACUAUAAGUUAGGUAGCCACUAUGGUAGCCAUCCACAGCCAUAGUUAAGUUUAAGGAUUCACUGCGCCGUCCACAUGUAUGUGUAACAAAUAAAACAUGAUGUAUGAAUAA